AACAGAUAGUUUUCCAAACCCAUAGCUGAACGCGUCGGAAAGAUACAUCUUCGUGAACCCGCACGUUGGACGCACUCUCGUGGCACCACCCAUCAACAGGAACAUCAAGUGGAGUGUAGUCCACGCUGUUUGUAUGGUGAACAAUAGUGAAACACCUUGAAGCGUGUUUAGUACGACUGAAAUCAUAUAAGAAGGAAAUAUCUGUCCUGAUGUUAUCAGAAUACAUCUAAAAGCUGACACGAUUUUCUCAAGGAACGUUGUAACUCCCCAUGUCACACAGCCUUCACCCCAGCUGAUCCUGGAUCCUCUCCGAGAAUCGUACCCCACAAUGUCUCUUAAACUGGGCCAAAGCAUUGAAGUUGGUUUGCUCAAGUUUGCUGAAAAAGGCUUGUGAGUGUGUACAAUAGACUGAAAGGCCAGCCAUUAUGGCGAAGAGAGCCAGAAAGGCAGCAGAGCCAGAAGAUCCUCUGUGCUGCUGUGAGUUUGUGAACCAUGAAGGGGAACGGACUCACAUGGCAGCCUGCUUCUGUGACUGUGAGCACCUGGAUCAGGCCUGUGAUAGGUGGCUCAAGGGGGAGGCCCAGAAAGAGGGCGCCCUCUCGCAGGUGGUUGCGGUAGUGCAGGACAGACUGCGGGUGCCCUGGCUCUAUGGGGCAAGGCAGGUCGACCUGUCUGUCAUUCCGCCACUGGUGUUGCUCCCUGUCCUACUGCGCCUGGCAGCACUGCACUUGUUCCUGGGUGUGUUGGUGAUGAUUGGGCUGCCAGUGCUGGUGCUGUGGUACUACUAUGCAACGCACCGGAGGAAGGGCCGAAGCCUCUUUUUCCUCAGCCUCGCUCUUUUCUCCCUCGGCUACAUGUACUACCUCUUCCUCACGGAGGUGGUGCCGCGAGGUGACGUAGGCCUCCUGCAACUCUGUACUGUGACGAUAGGUGUGGUGUUCACCUUGUUCUUCCUCGCCCUGACCAAGAGGGACCCGGGGUAUUUGAAGCCCCACCCAGCUGACACCCAAAACAGUGUGAUCGACCAUGGCGGUCCACCUGAGCUCGCCUGCGCCCCCCGCAAUGGCGUAAGUCCGGCGGAGCAGUUGUACGCGAGGCCCAGUGAGAGCGCGAAGAGUAACUGGUGUCACACCUGCAGGGUCGUGCAGCCUCCUCGAGCAGGGCACUGCCGAAUCUGUGGCUUCUGUGUUCGCCGCUUGGACCACCACUGUGUCUGGAUUAACAGCUGCGUGGGACAGGCCAAUCACCGCUGCUUCCUGCUGACGCUCCUCCUCUUCCUGUUAACAUCAGUGUAUGGGAUAAGCCUGGUUCUACGCAGUGUGUGUCCCAAGCAGAACACGCUGUUUGCCCUACUGUACUGCCCUGGAGUCUAUACCCAGUACAGCACGGCAUUGUGUUUCACCUGUUCCUGGUACUGCAGCAUUGUGACAGGGGGGUUGCUGCACCUGCUCGUAGUGCAGUUCUUCAAUGUCAGCUACAAUGUGACAGAGCGUGAGGCACGACUAGCCCUACGUCAGAAGCAGGGACGAAGACACCUGUGGGGCCUCAUCGUCGAUACCGGGACCUACUCGCGUGGUUUUCUCGGCAACUGGACCGAGUUCUUGACCAUGAGUUCUUCCACUGAUGGCCCCUCCUUAAGCCUUACUGACCUUGUGUAGCACCCUGUUUCUCGUACGUCAAAGACGUGGGAUUUAUGCAGCUGCAAAAAAUAUUUUGCCAUGGUGCUGAUGGGUGGUGAAAUUCAAUUCUGCAAUCUCAGUACAUGUGCAUGCACACUUAGCUUCACCUCCUGUCAGCACUUGUGCAGUUCCCUUUUGUUUUGGGUUGGUGUGGUUGGCUUCCUGGCUUUUCCACUGUAUAUCGCUGGAUGGCAGUAUGGUAUCACUAGCCAACAUGCAGACAAACUCUAAUGGUGUAUAUUUGGUCACAUAUAUACUAUAGAUAUUAGGCAUUUGAGGUUUAGCACAAUACUGCCCUUGCAUUACAUUUAUAGGGACUCAUCUCUCAUUAUCUUCUCUGUGCCUUGUUACUGAAUUUCUGCACAUUGGUUGCCCAGAAAUGUGGUGAUAUCAGUCAGUAAAAUGCAGUGCUCUCACUGGUUGCAAGUGACACUGGCCCAUAUUUUGACACUUGACGUUUUUAAGUGUGAGUUUGUGUGUGCAUUGCUUUACUGCUGGUAUAAUUGACCUCAUAUUUACAUUUCUGCACUAUGCAUCAGAAUGCCCUCACAGCCCCCCUUAAUGGCAGCUGUUAAUACAACAUACUAUUUGGUUUGGUAGUUUGAAAACUAAGGAAGUUUGGAAACAGGUGACGUGACAGUGAUCAUGCCAAUGCUGAUUUUCAUCAUUCAGUUUUGCAUGGAUUACUGUAGCAACAGAAUAACCCAGAAUAUGCAACUGAUAUCUUAUGAAUGAAUGAAUAUUUUUGAAUGUAUGAAGUGUUUAAUGUUAUAUAAUCACUGUCAUAAAUAUUUUGACAAAUGAGA